AGCGUGGCUAGUUGUAGCUGAGCCCUGUAGGUUAGAGUAGCUCAGUGCUGUAGGUUAGCUGCCCUGUCUGUGUCAGCUUCUGUAGACUCUCUACACAAACUUAUUUUGGUUUAAAAAAAAACACACGUUCAGAGACGUUCUCCUUAUACAGUUAUUAUAUUUGGUGAACCAGACUGAAAUGUGUGCUCUUUAAAUACCCAGAUAGUAACUAGUGUUUCCUGUCUGGCUGGUCUGUGGAUAAUCCGGUUUAAUCUCUCCUCUCUCACCUAUGGAGCCAGUUUAAGACUCACACACCAAACAGUGAUUAAGAAAAACUAGGAUGGCUCAGGCUGAUAACAAGGUCCUGGCACUGGGAGUUCUGGCUGGGGCAGCGGGGAUCAGCCUGGCUGCUGUCUGGUAUCAGAACCGGCGUGCUGUAGCCAGCAGCGCAGGGUCAGGCACUUAUCGUCCAGCUCUGUACUCCAGUAGCAAUGCGGGCAGUGUGUCUCUGCAGACAGGUCAGGCAGAGGUGUUGGAUCGGCUGGGGGCUUUGAUCCAGUGUGUGUCUGAACUGAAAGAGGAGGUGAAAGCUCUGAAGGAUGCUCUGCCACACCUUCAGGACCACGUGAGGGAUGAGCUGAGAGUGAAAAGUGGGGCCCGUAAGGCCAGUCCUCUCAACAGAACCACACCCACGAGGAGGAAAAGAACCAGUGGAGUGCCCAGAGCAGAGGGGCAGAGCUCAGAGGAGGCGGAGAGUGAAGGAGGGUAUAUGACCGCUUUAACAGAUUCUGAAGACGAGGAUCAUAAAGCCGAAGAGCCUCUAGAUGAACUCACUGCGCUGUUACAGAGAGCAGAUGGGCUACAUAAAGCUAACGACAAUAAAAAGAAGGAAGGCCUUUCCACUUUACUGGAGAAGAAAGAGGAGUUUGAACAGAAGUGUCAGUAUCUAUGGAGGCUGACCAGAGCCUAUGCUGAUGCUCAUGACCUGGCUGGAGACUCUCAAGAGAAAAAGAAAUUUGCUGAAAAAGGGAAGCAAGUUGGAGCACAAGCUAUUUCAGUGAAUCCCAUGUGUGCAGAAAGUCAUCAGUGGUACGCCAUUGUGUGUGGCCUUCUAUCAGAAUAUGAAUCUGUCCAGAAUAAGAUAAAGAAUGGCUAUCUUUUCAAGGAUCAUCUGGAUAAAGCCAUUGAACUGAAGCCUCAGGAUCCAUUGUCCUAUUAUCUCCUGGGGCGCUGGUGCUAUGCUGUGGCUCAGUGCACAUGGAUUGAGAGGAAAAUUGCUGCUACGCUGUUUGGAGAACCCCCAAGCGCGACCAUGCAAGAUGCACUACAGAACUUCCUGAAGGCAGAGGAGCUCUGUCCGAAGUACUCGAAGUUCAACUAUGUGUUUUUAGCCAAGUGUUACAAAGACCUAGGCCAGAAGACCCAAGCCAAGAAGAUGUGUGAUGCGGCAGCUGCGCUGAAAACAGUGACUCAAGAGGAUGAGGAAGCACAAAAGGAGCUGGACUCUCUUCUCUUAUCACUUUAGUCUGGACACGGUCCAUGUGUGUUCUCACUGGGCAUUACUUUGUUUAUGGCGAGGACUCAGUUUUGACCAUAUGACUGUCAUAUCGUCACUUUUCCCACAUGUUUCUGCUGACUGGAGAUUACUAAUAACAGUAAGAUGCUGCACUUUGACGAGCCACAGGAUUAAUUGUUUAGUGUAUGUAAAAUACAACCGAUAUCUUACAAACCUUUAUUUUGAAUCAUUUUAAUCUAACAUGGAGAAUUAUGCAGUGCCCAGAAGUCUUGGAGAUGAUUUCUGUAAACACUCACUGUACCACUGUGUUCCAGUGUUUUGUUCUAGUUUACUGUUGAUUGUCUGCUUGAGAUAGAUAAGACAGCUGUAUUGUUUUUUUUUUUUUUUUUUUUUUUUUUUUUUUUGCUUUAAUUGGUGUGAGCUGGUAGGAAGCUUCCAUUCACUUCUUUUCAGUUCUGGUCUUGUCCAACACAUUCCAAUGGUAACUAGGGAUGAUGGAUCAUGACUGAACCAGGGAUAUAUAUAAGGCUAUUAAAAGCUAUUUUUAGGCUAUUUUUAGGCUAAUUAAGCUCGACCCAGGAUCCAUUGUUUUUACCGUUAAUGGACACUAUUCAAAGAUUCACAACCUGCUGCAGACAGGUGCAAUCUCUGAAGGUAGCAAAACAAUUUAGAGUGAGCAGUGUGGAAUAUUUUUGCAGUUGAACAUGAAAAUGUAGAGUUUGGCUGCUUUUAAGUCACUUUUUCUAUUGAUGCUUGUGUGUGUUUUUUUUUUUUUCUUCAUUCAGCCAAAACCAAAACUCUGCACAUCUUUGCUUAUUAUUAACGACUUGUUAAAAAAGAAACAAAAGUGGAAACCCUUCAUUAUACUAGGGAGAGCACCAAAUGCCUUUUUGUUGUUUU